AUGUGGAAUCUGUCGGGGACACAUGAGUUCAUUGAUAUGGAGAACGAUUACUUUUUGUUUCGUUUUGCGGAUUUGAAUGACUACAACUUUGUUUUGGAGGAAGGGCCUUGGAUUGUGGCAGACCAUUAUGUUUCUGUUCAACGGUGGCGGCCAUUAUUUGAUCCUUACGAGGACAACCUUAAAAAAUUAGCUGUUUGGAUCCGUAUUCUGGGGUUACCUAUGGAGUUCUAUACCUCCCAACAUUUGCGGAACAUAGGUGAUCUAUUUGGGAAAACACUGAAGAUUGAUAGGAACUCUAUACGUAAAAGUGAUGCUGGUGAUGGGGUUGUUACGGAAAGGGCCAAGUUUGCGCGUAUUUGCGUAGAAGUAGAUCUCAGUAAAGGCUUCUUGUCUAAAUUCAAUCUCAUUAAUAAGGUUUAUACGGUAGGGUAUGAAGGCCUUCACAUGAUCUGCUUUGCAUGUGGUAAGUAUGGGCAUAGGCGUGACACUUGUUCUUCGGUUUCGGUGUCAACCGAUAGUCAUUCUCACCAAAAGGAUGUUCGUGCAGAGGUUGUUAACAAUGGUGUCAAGCGUGAGAUGGCAGAAGGUGAAGCUUUUGGUUCUUGGAUGAUUGUCCAAAGGAGUCAACGGGGAAGGAAGGCAAAAGCUACCAUGGAGACUGCCGCAAUCAAUGCUGCCGCAAUCAAUGCUACCGCAAUCAAUGCAGCCGGGAAUCAGGGGUCAUCCGUUACAACUGGCCAAAGGAGAAUUAAUGCUCAAGGAAUAAAUCAUUCUGUUUCACGUCCAGCUAAAAUCAAGCAGCAGAAACCCGAUAAUCAUGUGGGAAUUAAAUCGGCUGGAUCAAGAUUUUCAGUUAUUUCUGACGAAGUUAAUGAUAAUCAUGAUGUUAAUAAUGAGAAUAUUCAAAUCAUUAAUGAUAAGCAUGGCCCCUCUAAGGUAACCGCUAGUGCUGAUUUGAAAAAGGGUUUAAAUAAUAAGAUUUCGAAUUUUCCUCGUGAUAAACGUCAUCUUUCAGCAGCUAUUCUCCCUAGCUCAAAUACAGUUACAAAUUUGGUGGGACCCUCUAUGCCAAAUCAAAAUCUAAGUGGCCCUGAGCUUAUGCCAGUUGUUCAAAAAGGUACUGUUAUUCCUCAGGUAGAAGAAAGGAUUUUGUCUCGACCACAAGAGGCUACCGUUUCCAAGUCUUCUACUUUGUCGCAAAACGGAAAAAGAAAGAGUUACGUGAUGAAAUUAACAGGAAUAAAAAGGGGGGCCGGAAAAAAGGGUUUUUCUCCCCUUAUUAGGGACUUGUCUCGUCGUUUUAAUAUUCAAGUUAUGGCUUUGCUUGAAACUCGUAUCGGAGCUGACCGUGCUCAGAAGGUGGUGAAAGGCUUUGGCUUUCAAAAGCAUGUUAUGGCUCAUCCUCAAGGUUUUUCUGGUGGUAUGUGGGUGUUAUGGAAUGAUGAUGAAGCUCAGAUUCAGAUUUUAGAGUCUCAUCGUCAGUUUAUCCAUUUAAAAAUUUUUUGGCGUAAUAGGAGGAAGGAGGAAGCUGUUACUUUUGUUUAUGCCAGUCCGCGGCGUCUUGAGAGGGUGUCUCUGUGGGAUGCUCUAGGAAGGUUACAACAGCAAUCCUCGGAGGCUUGGUGCAUUUUGGGAGAUUUCAAUUCUUAUUUGCAUGCAGCAGAAAAGGAGGGAGGUGGCCCGCCUGAUUGGAGGAGUAUUUAUGAUUUCCAAAAUUGUAUUAUGAACUGCAAUCUGGAAGACUUGGGUCAUCAGGGGCCUACUUUCACUUGGCAUAGAGGCAGAUUGAAGGAACAUCUUGAUAGAGUUUGUACGAAUGAGCAGUGGCAAUUGUCCUUUCCUGACAGGGUUGUGACUCAUCUUCCCUGCUACUGCUCGGAUCAUAGACCUCUUCUUCUCUGGGAGGGUCCUUCUCCUCACCAUCCUGGAGGGAGCCGUCCAUUUAGAUUUCUGGCAGCCUGGCUCACUCAUGAGGAUUUCCCUGGCCUAGUGCAGGAGUGUUGGAAUGGGAGUACAGGUUGGGGCACAACUAGUGAAACUUUUCGAUCGAAUGCUUCUCACUGGCAUAGGGAGUGCUUUAGGGAAGAUGCCAAGCUUAAGAAUAAUCUUCAGGCGAGACUAAGGGGUAUUGACCGUAGUCUUAGUCACCAUCCUUGCCAUGCUCUAGAAAUUCUGCAGAAAGAUCUUUGGCGUCAGUUGAAUCUCAUUUAUAUUCGGGAGGAUCUUACUUGGUUUCAGCGGUCUAGGGCUAGCUGGUUGAAAUAUGGUGACCGGAAUACGAAAUUCUUCCAUUCUACUACAGCUGCUAGGAGGAGGAGAAAUCGUAUUGAUGCUCUGAAAAAUGAUGCGGGUGAUUGGAUUGGUGAUCCCUCUAUUCUGAUGAAUAUGGCGGUGGAGUAUUAUCGUAAUUUGUUUAAAGAGGAUAAUACUGCUAGACCUGGGCUUCCAAUUAGAGGCUAUUUUCCUCACCUUGUGCAAGAGCACAACAUUCAUAUUGGUAGCAUUCCUUCGAAUGAGGAGAUUAGGAGUACAGUUUUUUCCAUGGGACCUCACAAAGCUCCAGGGGUGGACGGUCUUCAUAGUCUAUUUUUCCAAUCUCAAUGGGAUACUGUAGGAAGCUCUGUUUGUGAUCUGGUGAAAGAUGUGUUUAAUAAUCCCCAAAAAGUUUGGGAUAUUAAUCAAACUCUUAUUUGCCUGAUCCCGAAGAUAACUUCACCUCAAUCCCUUAAAGAUUUCCGGCCUAUUAGCCUUUGUAAUGUUAUUUAUAAGACUAUUACUAAGCUUAUUGCUAACCGUUUGAAAUUGCAGAUGGAUAAAAUUGUUAUGCCUAACCAGUGUAGUUUCAUCAAAGGAAGGCAAGGGACAGAUAAUGUAAUUAUUGCUCAGGAAAUUAUUCACUCUAUGAGGUCAAAGAAAGGCGCCAAAGGUUGGAUGAUGAUUAAGGUGGAUCUGGAGAAAGCUUAUGACAGAAUUAGCUGGGACUUUCUCCGAGAUACUCUCGGGAUGUGGGACUCCCCCCAAAUCUCAUUAAUCUUGUUAUGUGGUGUGUUUCUUCUUGUUCGAUGA